GAUCAUAUAUGGAGUUUAUGACCCGCCAGCUUUGUUCAACUUGGCUCAAAUACCCCAGACCCAGACGGAUUUGAAAUAUACAAGUUACCCUCUGAGUGGGUAUGUGAAUGUUCGAAGUUUAGCAGUGGACCGAAAGCAAGGCGUCGUCUUCGUGGCCUCCCAGUCCAACAUCCAUGCUGUCCACAACUACAGUCUACAGCAAACCGACUCGUCUGCUUCAUCCAUAGUGUUCCAGGGGAAAUCGGACGAUACAGGGGAAAUAGCCUUUGAUUACCUCUCCAACAACUUGUAUUGGUGCGACUCACGUCUGAACUGGGUUGCCAUGAAACCGGCUUACAGCGACAAUUCGUCUCUCUACAGAGUACUGGUUCAGGACAACUUGAACAAACCGGAAGGACUCGCUUUGGAUCCCGUGGAUGGGUUCAUGUUCUUUUCUGACAACAACCCAAAUGGCCGCAUAACCAGAGCUUUACUGGAUGGAAGGAACGCCACAGUGAUCGUAUACCGAGGACUGGUUCGCGUCUCUUCUCUUACUGUUGACCCAGACAACGACCUCCUGCUGUGGGCAGACACAGUGCGGUUCACGGUGGAGAUGUGCCAGUAUGACGGGUCCCAGAGGAGGGUGGUCCGAAGGGCUAACCUGGUCUCAUUUGCAGGGUUACAGUUCUACCAGAAUGUUCUACACGUGGUUGAUCCCGGAAAUAGGUUUGUUCGUGGACUCGACAUGCUGUCGGGGGUAUUGGUAUACGAUUCUUACUUUACCAUGGGAACUCCUACAACUCUUGCUGUUUAUGACACAGAAAAUGUCCCGAGCAUCCUUGAUCCCUGCUCCUCAGUACAGUGUGGACAAAUCUGUGUGAACACUCCAUCAGGUCCGACCUGUUUAUGCUACGAAGGACACGACCUGGCCGAGGACGGAAGAUCUUGUUUAGAGAGGUCUUUGUUUUAUAGUAAAGGUUUUAUAAUAAGCCAUGAAAACACUUUUGAGAUGAUCGAAAUUUCAUCAGUCAAUGGAAUUGUGAAAAGUUCCCCACAGCUGAAAGACACAGAAGCAAUUAUCCAUUCAUUUGUAGUCAACGCAGACAAAGACCUUAUUUACUACAUUGACAGUAAGAACAAUGUUUUGAAAGAACUGGAUAUAAAAACCCAGCAAAUCCAAACCCUUACAGCUAUUAGUAAUGGAAAAAGUUUAGUUUUGGACUGGUAUCGGGGUAUCCUGGGUUGGGUCGAUGUUGAAUCCUGGGAAAUUAUUGCAUUCAGUCUGAAUUUAGAAAACAUGACAACAAUUUAUACGGGACUUCCACCAAUAGAGUCUAUGGCAGUGGAUCCCCAUGAUGGGAAGCUGUUUUGGAUAUCCGGUAUGUCACCGUCUACAAUUAUGUGCGGACAGUGGGAUGGUUCGUCACCAAAGUCGCUGUUGACUUCUGCUGAAGUUUUCUCUCCAAGAGGACUCAACUUUGAUGUCACGAAUGACAGGUUGUUCUGGAUUGAUGGAUCUUUAAUAAUGAGUUGUAAAAACAACGGUUUGGAUCUUCAGACGCACAGUUUGGCCAUUGAUGCCAAAGAAGUAUUCUCCUACAAGAAUUUGUUUGUUUGGAUGAACAACAACCAGCUAUAUUUUGGACUUCAAAGCACCAAUAGAUAUUACAGCUAUAUCAAUAUUUUGGGGAAGGCUACACAUUUUGCAAUUUAUGAUUCUCUUCUGCAGAGAAACCUUACAGGUUCUUGUCAAAUUGCGAAUGGGCAAUGUGAGGAUAUAUGUGUGCCAAUGGCGGACGGACGCAUGUGUGACUGCGAUAUUGGACUUCACCUACAGAACGACUCUCAAGCAUGCAAAAACGUGCUUUAUGACGACAAUUUCAUUCUUGCGGCCGACCGAAUCCACGACCGAAUAAUUCAGGUUGACCUCGAGAGCGGUAAUUUGGUAAAAAUACCAGUUAAGGUGGUUGGUGUCACUGGAGUUGCUUAUGAAAAAUCCACCGGCACCAUCUUUUACACAACUUCUAAGGAUUUGUUUUCUGCCAGAGUUGGUUCGAUUUCCCUGCGUGGAGACAGAGACCCCGUGACUUAUGCCACAGGCUUCCAAUAUUCUGAAAGUUUGGCGCUCGAUCACUCCACUGGAAACGUCGUCUUUGCGGCAGUGAUGACAGCAGGCCAGGUAGCGUCAACAGGCCAGGAUUUCAUCAGAGUUAUUCACCGAAAGUUGCUUCUUCAGAAAACUUUGUUGGAAAAUCUUGAUAGACCUAGAAGCAUUGCUCUCUUUUCGUCCAAAGGAUUGAUUUUCUGGACAGAAGUUGAAGUGGAACGUAUUGGUAAAGCUUUCAUGGAUGGAACAUCUAAGAAAUAUAUUAUCACAAAUAAAAUUCGCUGGCCAAAUGGUGUAGCUAUAGAUUUUACUGCGGAAAGGCUGUACUGGACUGACGGUUUUAACGAAAUCGUAGAGUCCUCGGAUUUAAACGGUGGGGAUAGGAGAGUUGUAUAUAACGACAAGUAUGCUCAUCUUAGGAGUAUCGCUAUAGAUGAACAGUUUAUAUAUUACACAGGAUAUAAUCGUCAACGAAUAAUGAAGGUAGAUAAGACCUCAGAAAGAAGAACCAAAUUCAUGGAUAGUUAUCCCGAACUCAAUGUCUUAGUUGGACUUCAAGUUUAUUCAAACAAUUACACUAUUGACGUAAAUCCUCUGUGUUCGAGAAAUAAUGGACUUUGUAGCACGUUCUGUUUUCCAACACCCACCGGAAGAACGUGUGGUUGUCAAGACAACACAGAACUUCUUUCAGAUCAGAAAACUUGCGAAGGGGUUUCCGUCUGUCCAACAUCCCUGACAAAUUUACAGUUACUGGACUGUGGGGCAUAUUCCGGACAAACAUGUGAAUUUGAAUGCAAGAACGGCCUCCAGAACAACAUAUCCUUGAAAUGUAACGCUUUGGGUCUAUGGGAACCAGACCCCGAUUCACUUUGCAUAGCCAAGACUCCUACCACCCAGACCUCUAAUAACUCUCUGAUCGCUUGGUUGGGAACAGUUGCUAGUCUUACUCUGGUCGCAGUAAUUAUCAUCAUCGUGUCCUGCAUGAAAAGGAAAAAUUUGAGUGGGGAAGAGUCCGAGCGUCGGUCUAGAGAUACAGCUUCUAUCCCAUCUUCGACCUACCAUCAACAAAACAAUGUGUACAUUACCAACUCCGGGAGGUCAUCAAGUGAAUAUGACAAUUUAGAUGAAAUGAUGCUGAGAUAUUUUAGUUACAUGGAAUUUGACGGGGAGUAUUAUUCGGAAAUCAACAACGUGUUCAACUUUGACAGUACAACUGUUACAAAAGAAAAGGGUAUCAUAUAUGGAGUUGAUAGUCCUCCAUCUUUGGUAACUCUUACCAAAAUAACCCAAUCAAGUGAUGAAGCGCUAAAUUACACAAUAUUUUCUACUGACUUUGGUGUUCGAAGCAUAGCUGUUGACCCGAAAUCAGGAGUUGUUUUUCAAGCGUCUGGCAAUACCAUCUCUUCAAUUCACAACUACAGUCUUUCAAAUAGUAACAAUUAUCUUACAUCGAUCGAGUUUAAUGGAAAGUCGAAUGAUGUAGGAGAAAUAGCAUUCGAUUUCCUUUCGAACAACCUAUUUUGGUGUGACUCGCUUUUAAAUUGGAUUGCUAUGAAACCCGCCUACACCCAUGUGCCACAUAUGUAUAAGGUCGUGGUGCAGGACAACAUACGACGACCCGAGGGGCUUAUUCUGGAUCCUUUAGAUGGAUAUAUGUUCUUUUCGGAUAAAAACCCAAAUUGUCGCAUCACUAGAGCUUCACUUAACGGUGAUAAUACAACAGUAAUUGUGUACAAAGGCUUGAUAUAUGUACCUACCUUGUCUAUUGACCCUGACAACAAGAUGAUUUACUUUGCCGACACAGUCCGAGACACCAUCGAGGUCUGUGAUUACGAUGGAUCCAACAGAAGAGUAAUACGUAGAACGAACCUCGCUACCAUCAACGCUAUACAAUAUUACGAGAGUGCUAUAUACACAGUUGGAAUUCCCAAAAAACAAGUCCGAGGAUUUAACUCGUCAUCAGGAAAAAUGAUGUACAGUAUGGAUUUCACUCUUGGAACACCUUGGACAGUGACUGUCUAUGAUUCAGAAAAUCUACAAAAUUUUUCUAAUCCAUGUUCUUCAAAACAAUGUGAACAGAUCUGUGUGAACACUCCCGCCGGUCCAUCCUGUUUAUGUUACGAGGAAUUUGAUCUGGCACUGGACGGCAUCUCCUGCAAUAAUUUGGUUUUGGACUGGCAUUUGAAUCUUCUGGGAUGGAUCGAUGUUGAAUCGUUUGAAUUGGUCUCAUUCAACCUUAGUUCAGGAAAUCUUUCCACUAUUUAUUCAAGUCUUUUCUCUGAAGAAUCGUUUACAGUUGACCCAAACACAGGGUUAUAUUGGUUGGAUGGAUCAUUGAUUAAAAGUUGUUUAAAUAAUGGGUCUGAUAUCGUGACACACAGUCUUGCUACAGAUGCCCAGAAAUUAAUAUCCUUUAAGGAAUACUUUGUUUGGAUAACUGCAAAGGAACUUUACUAUGGAUUGAAGAGUACGAACAUAUUCUAUAAAUCGUUAGACAUGUCGGAGGUUCUACAAAAUAUGUCCAAUUUAGUGGUGUAUGAUCCCUAUUUACAAAACUCCAGAGCAGAAUCCUGCCACGUCUUGAAUGGUCAGUGUGGAGAUAUAUGUAUACCCCAGCAAGAUACACACACGUGCACCUGCGACUUAGGUCUUCAACUACAAAACGACUCGACAUCGUGUGAUAUUACUGUCUUUGACUCCAAUUUCAUGCUUUUGACCGACUUAUCUCACGAUAGAAUAAUCCAAGUCGACAUAGAUACCGGUACAUUGGUCAAACUGCCAUUUGCUGCCAUAGGAGCAACAGGAAUCGCCUAUGAAAAACAGUCCGAUACAAUUUUCUUCACAUCGACUGUGAAUACGUUUACUUCUAAAAUGAUGUCCGUUUCUCUUCACGGAAAAAAGGGCAUUGUAACAUAUGCAACAGGGUUUCACAGCUCAGAGAGCGUUGCAAUUGAUUACUCGACGAGUAACCUUUAUUAUGCUGUUAAAAUCUCCUCAACUUCCUCCGGUCAGGACAUGAUCAGAGUUGUUCAACAUGCAACAUUUCUUGAAAAAACAUUGCUAACCAAUCUGAAACAUCCAAGAGAUAUUGCGCUGUAUCCUUCAAAAGGAUUGAUGUUUUGGGUUGAAGUUGAAAAUCCAAAAAUUGGAAAAGCAGCCAUGGAUGGAACUUCUAUGGAGUCUAUCGUAACAAGCGAUAUUACAUGGCCAAAUGGCAUUGCAAUAGAUUAUACAAGCGAAAGACUUUACUGGACAGAAGGUUAUUUUGAUUGGAUAGAAUCUUCAGACAUAAAUGGUGAAGAUAGAAAAAAAGUGCUGUCGGACCCUGGCGCUCACCUAAGAAGCAUUUUUGUGGACAGUCAGUUUAUAUACUACACUGGAUACAAUAGGCAGAGAGUCGUAAGAAUCAAUAAAACGUCAGAAGCAGAGGCAAGAGUGAUGAAGAACUACCCAGAGCUGGGGGUUAUUGGCAGUGUUAAAGUUUAUACAGACAACGAUAUCGUAGACGCCAAGGAGUUUAUUAACGAAUCUGAUGGAGACCAGAUGCAGAGAGAAGCGGAGGAUACAAUUAAAGCAUACGGAAAAAACCAAUACAUUACCCACCAAGAAAAUGCACCCGAAGAAGAUACAUAUGCCACACUAGAUGAAAUGAACUUCAAAGAUUUGGGUUAUAUGGAGUUCGAUAAACAUUAUGAUCCUGAUGUGUAUGGUGGAUUUGUGUUGGACGCAGCAGAUGAAUAUCUCAAGCCUUCUGUCGAGAGAAAAGUAGUGGAUAAUGACAUUGAUGAAGUAAUUAUGUUCUUUUCUGAUAACCACCCUAAUGGUCGCAUCAGGAAAGCGUCGCUGAACGGAGAGAAUUCAACGGAUAUUGUGUUCAAUGGCAUAGUACACGUUCCAUCCCUUGCUAUUGACACAGAAAAUAAGCAAUUGUAUUGGGUAGACAUUGUAAAGGAUACUGCCGAGGUCUGUGAUUACGAUGGUUCUAACAGAAGAGUGAUAAAUGUCCUACAUUUAGUGAGCGAGGAGAAAGGUCUUGUAAGAGGAAUCGAUGCUUUUUCUGGUGUAUACAGUUAUAAUGUAAAUUUUAACCCAGGAAUCCCGACUGCUCUAGCUAUUUUUGACACAGAAAAUCUUCCAAAUCUUCCAGAUCCCUGCUUCUCAAAACAGUGUGGACAAAUCUGUGUGAACACUCCAUCAGGUCCGACCUGUAUAUGCUACGAAGGAUACGACCUGACAGAGGAUGAAAGAUCUUGCAAAGAACGACCCCUGAUGUACAGAAAAGGAAUUUUGAUUAGUACUCACAAUGAGUUUGAAUUUGUCAACAUUGCCUCCAUCAACAACAUUUCCACCGCCUCACAAAGCUUCAAAGACUCAACAGCAAACAUAACAUCGUUUGCCGUUGAUGCUGUCAAAGCAAAGAUAUACUAUAUUGACAAGAACAGCGGUGCGUUAAAACAAAUAGACAUGAGAACUCAGCAAAAAAGUGUGUUGACUAACAUGCGGAGCGGAAAAGGAACCUGUCAGCGCUUUAAUGGUGGGUGCGAGGGGAUAUGUGUUCCUCAACAAGAAGGUUGUAGGUGCGAGUGUGACGUGGGUCUUCAAUUACAAAAUGAUUCACGAACGUGUAACAGCAGCGUCUUUGAAAGCAAUUUUGUACUUGUGACCGAUAGCACACACGACAGAAUCCUUCAAGUUAGCCUUGACACUGGGGAGCUAAACAAAAUACCUAUCAAUGCAACUGGGGCCUCUGGAAUAGCCUUUGACAAAUCAACACAGACAGUCUUUUUCACAUCCUCGAAAUAUCGAUUUUCCUCAAAAGUGAUGUCUGUUCCACUUCACGGAGAACGUAAAAUAAAGACAUAUGCUGCAGGGUUUCGAUAUUCGGAAAGUGUUGCUCUCGACCAUUCAACAGGAAACAUCUACUUUGCGGCAGUGACAUCACCGGAACCAGAUUCAAUUAGAGUUUUAAAUCAAGAGACGUUAGAACAGAAAACAUUGCUCACCGGUGUCCAGGGCCCAAGAAGUAUCGCGCUUUAUUCUUCAAAAGGGUUUAUCUUUUGGACGGAACUAGGAACUCAACGUAUUGGCAGAGCUCAUAUGGACGGAACAUCGAUCCAAUAUAUUGUUACAGUUCAUGCAUAUUGGCCCAACGGCGUAGCCAUAGAUUUUACAGCCGAAAGAUUAUAUUGGAUUGAAGGUUUCCUUGACUACAUAGAAACGUCCGAUUUGAAUGGUGGAGACCGGAAGAAUAUAGCAGUCGACUCGUUUUCUCACAUGAGGAGUAUUUUUGUGCACGGGGACUAUGUUUAUUACUCAGGUUUCAAACGUCAAAAAACACAAGAAAUCCAGAAAAUUCAACAAAUAAAUACAGUCAGACCUGCAAAUAUGGACACAGAAACUGAUAUUAUUGCCGAUCGAGAGGGGAAAAGACCGGUGUCAGAAGGAUAUUCCAGUUUGUACGAGGGAUCGGAUUACGGCUACACGUGGUUCGAAGACGUGUUCGAUCCAGUAAACAUAAGCAAUGGCUCAAUGGGCGGCGAUGUGGUUUCAGGAGGAUACAUAGAUCCCACUUCAAGGGGAGAAAAUAUGAUGGAGUCUGGCGGCAAUAAUCAUAUUAGGGAUAGAGUGACGAACACGUAUACAAGUCAAGUAUCACCGAUACUCAAAACAGUUGAUAGAAAUUUAGAGAUGUGA